UGGACGGAAACUCCAUGCGCGAGCGGCAGCGCCCUCUGCUGGCUACGGGGUGUAAGUCCGGAGCCUGGACCCGCCGCUGGUCAAAUGGGACUCGGGAUCCCUCCCGCUGCCUCCGCCCCCGCUCCGUCCCUUCUCAGGAUCGCGGAGCCUAGUCUUGGACUGGAUUCCAGGAGAGGCGUCCCCAUCCUACGCUUGAAGGCAGAGCAAGGACGCUGCUCCAAAACACCGGGUUCAUCAGCUGAGAGGAGGCUGCAGGAAUCUACCCAAAUCCACCAGCGGCUGCUUUUGCCUCCCGGAAGCCGGGACAGAAGCCGGGGCUAUCCGAGGUGGUUUGGAAAUGGCAUCGCCUAUGGCCAAGACCGAGGGUUCUGCGGACAGAGAGGAGCCCUGGGUUCGCUUUCUGCCUCAUCCAGCUAGGUGACCUUGGGCAAGAAAAUCCAGAAUCCCGGGAGGAGAGCCAAGUAUGCGGCGGCGGGCUGCAAGGACCGGGACCUGCGGGGAGGAAACCCGCAGCCGGGUUAGCGCGCGUCAGAGCCUCGGUGACGUCUCUAGGCCCUCAGGCCAUGGAGGCGCGGCCUGCGCACGCCAGGCGCUUGCAGUGGCCCGGGAUGGCCGGGUGGUACCUGGAGCCGUACUCCAGCUGCGUGGAUGCCCGGAGGGGAAGAGCCUCCCUGGGUCAGACCCUGCUCCUGCCGCUGCGGGGUGCACCCGGGGCUCCGACCGUAGCCUAGCCCGGAGGCCGGAGGUGCCAAUCCCUGCUCGGGUGUCCGGGCUCCGCCCAGCCUGGCGCACGGCUACCCGCGCGGAGGCUGCUCUGCAUCAACAUAAUGCUCCCCAUCCCUGCAUCCUCCCGGAACCCAUUCCUCAUCAUCCCUCAGGGCCCCAGCUCAGAUUCUCCUCCCUUGGUGCUGGCUCUGACAGACUCCUCCUCGGUCUCUGGCGCCUCCCACUCGUCCGCAGCGCCCGGAGCACGCCCCGCAAGUCCACUUGGUUUGCUACGCACGCAUCUCCAACUCGCUGCAUCUUGUCCCCGUUACUCUCCGUCGCAGUGAAGGUGACACCACCCACCCGAUCACUCGCGAUGCGUCCUGGAUGCUUCUACCUGCAGUGGCUACUACAGUUUACGCUACUCCCUCUGUGACCUUGUGAAUUACCCUCCGUUGGGUAUUAACAUCUUCCUCUCCAUGGUCUCCCGAGUACAUCCUCCUGUAUUGCGAGCUCCGUACACCCCUGUUGCCCAAGCCUCGCAGCUUCUGUGGAGAGGCCUGGCUCUCCAGUCUCCCCAUCUUCCUGAGCACGCAGGUCUGCCAUUUUCUAACACCUCAUAAACUAAUCCCAGUUUAGACCCUGCCUGGGUAGCGCUAUUUAAGUUGUUCAGCGUUUACGCCCUCUCCGAUUGCCUUUCUCUUAUUCUGCUGAACUCCAGACCGGAGUCUCCUCUUCAAGGGGUGUCCCCUCCCCCGUUCUACUAUCUGGCGGUGUGAAAUGUUUCUGGGCUACAGGACCUUUCUAGGUGGCCAAAGGUCUGUGCCCCGCCCCCCUUCCGCUCCCUUCUUCCCAUAGCUGGGUUCCCUCCUCCACUCUAAGGACCCCCAGCCUUCCCGAUGUACCCACCCCAACUCAACCUCGACUCAAUCAAAUAUUCCUUUGAAAGGUCAACGGCCAAUUUAAGAAAUCUGGAGCUUACAAAAACUACAUUUAAAAAACGCUUACAAAAACUACUUGUUUGUAUCACAUGUGCUCUUUCCUUUGUUAAAACUUAACAUUUCCCUUACUCAAUCCAGAGUUUUUUUCUGAUCCUUUUGGAUCUGGGUGGAAUUCUUUGAACCAAUUUUCUGUCCCUUCCCAGCGGAAUCACGUUGGGAAGCGCGUUGGGGCGUCUUCAUUCCCACACAUGCUUUUUAUGUUUUUACUCCAUAUCUUGGUGCCUAUAGGCACUUAAUGAAAAUCAUCAAAAAUUACUUUAAACGUUGAAUAGACGCUAUUAGACUGAAUAUAUAAUCGUGUAACUUGCUUUAAAAAAAAAAACAACUAGGCAGCAUGAACCCACAUUAAUGUACGUAUUUCUUGAUCAUACUUUUUCAGUGCGGACAAGGGACCCGUUAUGAAUUCAGCACAUUUUAUUUUUCCUCUCUUCUAGAAGAUAUUUAGCUCAUUUUCACUUUAUUUUUCCGUUAGAAACAAUGCUAUAAUAGCUUUUAAAAAAAUCUCAUUCCCGGGUAGGAAAGCAGACUUUGGGUAGAUACUUGGGUGCAGAAUUGCUGGACUCAGGACGCAGAACCUGGCAGCAUUGUUGGGCAUGGCUGAAUGGGUUUUUUAAGUGGUUGUACUAAUUCACAGUUCCAUUCGUUAUGUGAGUGUUCCCCGUGUUCUACAUCCUCAACACUUGCUAAUGUCAAACUUUAAAAUUGUUGCCAAGCCCAUGAGUGUGAAAUGGCAUUUCAAUGUUUUAAUUUGCAAUUCCCUGUUUACAAGUGAGAGAGAUAGGAACAUACUUACUCUCUUUGUUUAUUGGCCAUUUGCCUCCCCUCCUUUUUAAAUUGGCCAUUGGUUUAUUUGACAGUGCAUCUUUUGGUCGUGUCCUAUGUGUGGGAGUUCUUUAUAUAUUCUGGAUACUAAUCCUUUGUCAGUCUGUGGCCCAUCUGGUGUCUUUAUUCCACUCAAUUGCAAUUCUAAAUUGAUACGAUUAUUUGGUGAAUGUCUGAUUUUCCUCUUAAGCAAUAAGUCCAUGAGAAGACAACUGUCCCUUGUAAUAAGUGCAAUAUUUAAUACAUACCAGGAAGUUAACAAAUACUUCUGACUGAAAUGUAUUGAUAAUUGACAUUAUUAUUAUUAAUUAUUGAGUUUUCUCUCCUUCAAGAUUUUUUUUCUUAACUUCUCGAGAGUAGGAAUCUGGUGGUAUUUUAUUUCUUCGUGUCUCCAGUGCAGCUCGAACCACAAUGCUUUGAUCAUAGAGCAUGUGUCAAAUGGUUGUUAAGUUCCUUUGUGGGUUUUUUUUUUAUUCCCCCUCUCAUUCUUUUCAGGUCACCCUCUAUCACUGAGCCCAAUUUAGCUCUGCAAAUGGAAUAGAUAAUAAAGAAUCUACUGCCAUGCAUUUGUGAAAAUUGUCUGAACUGCGCAUAAAUGGAACACUUAACACUCAGCACUCACUUAACACUCAUCACUCAGCCAUCAAUAAGUGGUAACUUUCCGUGGCCCCACAACAAUCAUUUUGGUCACUAAAGAUAUAUAUACUGUUAUUAAUUUUAACAGAAAGUUCUUUCAAAUACAGAAU